CCAUGAACAGACAGCGUGUAGCGCUACUGAAGUACCAGUUGGAAAACUACGAGCGGCUGUCAUUGGAAAUACGGUGGUGGAAACUGCAGAGUUAGUGGAAGCUGUUCAUCACAGAUCAGUUCUUCUUGGACUUUACAUGGAGAAUUGAGACUAGCAUGAAGUGUACACCUUUAAUGAUGUUUCUAUCCCCGGCUUUGGAAUUGGUUUUGUUUGUAUGUGUUUGGUUAUCCGAAGCUGCACCUAGCGCCAGCACCAAUGAUGCAACGGCUUUAUGGAGGGAGCGUCCUGAUGUCUCCGAGACCAUCCUGGACCUGCUCAACACCACUAUGCCCAAUCAUUUACAGGAGGACAGACUUGGAAUUGUCACUUUUUCAGCGCUCACACCAGCCCCGACAACUGUGUCCCCUAGGGCGUCCGGCAAAACUGCCCAACUGCAAACAACCACUGCACAAAUUACUAAAACUGUACAGAAAGCAAUGGAACCUACAACAAAGACAGGAGGAAUUGUUAUGACGACCUCUAAGCAGAAAAUGGAUUUAGUUAAUUUGUCACAAACUACCGUAACAGCAACCGCAAAUUCGAUAUCUUCCGUUUUUCCAGUGGUUAAAACAGCGUCUCCAACCUCUGCGACUGUGAUACACGAUCGGACGACAACUUCAUGGUCUCCGAAAAGCACCACUGUUCCACCACUUACACCCACCACAGAGAACAGGCAAGACAUCCUGUGCAACUGUACCGGCGAGGGUGUGGAGGACCUGUAUGACUGUGACGUGGCAACGGGCCAGUGCCGCUGCCUGCCGGGCUACGUGGGCCCGCAGUGCGAGGACUGCGAGGACGGGCACUUCACCAACGGCUCCACCAGCUGCCAGCCCUGCGGCUGCGACUCCUUCGGGUCCUUCGACCACCGCUGCGACAGCUCCGGAACAUGUGUGUGUAAAAUCGGAGUGUACGGCCCCAAGUGUGACGAGUGCCAGCCGGGGUACUUCCACUUCAGCAACACGGGGUGCCAGCCAUGCCAGUGCAACAACCACUCCAGCUACUGCCAUCCACAGUCAGGCAUCUGCCUGAACUGCCAAGGCAGCACAAAAGGACCCAGCUGUGAGGAAUGCAAGUACAAUUUCUACAGGAGGCCGGAUGCUGCCCUGACAGACUCCUGUCUCCCCUGCCCCUGCUCCACGGUUACCUCCACGGGCACCUGCCACAUCGAAUCCAGUGGGCGUGCGGUUUGCGACCAGUGCAGGCCGGAGUACGAGGGCCCCAACUGUGACAAGUGCAGGGAUGGCUACUACAACUCAGACAGCAUCUGCCUACCCUGCGAAUGCAACGGGAACGGCGACCCAGCGACCUUCCCCCGCCUGUGUGACCCCGACACGGGCCACUGUCUGAGCUGCGUCAACAGCACCGCCGGGCCUCACUGCCAGCUGUGCGCCAGCGGCUUCUCCGGGGACGCCCUCAACCACACCUGCACCCCCGCUGAUGUAAAGACCCUCCCAGCUCCAGAGCUCACUAUUGCAGCGACAACCCCCCCCAGUGCUACUUCCACCAGCACUGCUGUUCCCCCCAUUGGAACCAUGACCUCCAUGGCCAACUCCACCAGCCUGCGGACAGCGGCCACCACUCAAGCCCUGCUCACCAGCCUGGGCAGUCCCACGGACAACACCACCGCCACCGUCACUGAGGUCUCCUGGACCCAGUUCAACAUCAUAAUCCUGGCUGUCAUCAUCGUGGUGGUGGUGCUGCUCAUGGGCUUCGUGGGCGGGGUCUACACAUACCGUGAGUACCAGAACCGCAAGCUCAACGCCCCCUUCUGGACCAUUGAGCUGAAGGAGGACAACAUAAGCUUCAGCAGCUACCACGACAGCAUCCCCAACGCCGACGUGUCGGGCCUGCUGGAGGACGAGGCCACCGAGGUGGCACCAAACGGGCAGCUGGCUCUUUCCACUCCCAUGAACAUGUACAAGGCUUAGGGACUGGCCACGCCCACCCGUACAACACCCUGCCCAGGAGCCCUGCUGGAGGCUGAGCUGGGACAGAGAAGGGAUUGAGGUGGGGCUUUCUCCGGCAAUUCUGUGAUAUAGAUGGAAGUUCAGGAGAGGCUCGUACUGUGUUCUCGCCUUUGUGGUAAUGUCUUGGAGACAAACUCCACUUCCUAAAAAAUGAAACGUUCAGCACACAAAGGACACAUUUAAAAGAAAAGAUAAUAUUAAUGAAUUUCUCAUUAAAUACCAGGAAGAAGUAUGAGUUGCACAAAAAGGCAUGUGGAUGCUGCCAAAAGUGAGGAACUUCCAUCCUGAAACACUAGAAGACUUGACAACUGUGCUGUUAAGUUCUUUUUGUUUUUGAGAGGGGAUUUUUAGUUCUUUAGAUACAUCCCUCCCCUUCCCUGCCCCAGAAGCUAUGGGAUGUACUUGAGAUGGAAGGAUGACUAAGCAAUGGUAGGAGAGUAACACUUUGAAUGUUGAAAUGGGGUGGAACAGAACUCAAAGAUGUGAAUGAACAACAAACAGAGAAACUGUGACAGUGGCUCGGACGUGUGCCUUUUCCCUGGUCUGGAGAGGACACUUGUUGAGAUGUUAUUGGCCACAUGCAGGAGCUGUGUGUGUGUUGGUGGACUUGGGCCAGACCCCGAACGUGUUGGCACAAAGACAGGAACACAAGCACCACUGAACCAGGAUGGCCCCAAGGGUGGGGGUUGGGGGGUUUGUGUGCAGCUGGACUCUGCACAUACAAACAUGUCCACACACAAGCGCACAUACACACACACACACAGACGCAUACGUGCAUACACUCAUAAAGAAGAAGAUCUUCAUCUUAUUUCAGAAGUAAUCUCACACAUUCUGGAGCAGGUUGACCACUUAUGUUCUGGACACUGCUUUGAAAUGACAGUCAACCAGAAGAAGGUAAAAAUGGUAAAAAAUGGAACUCAUUUAGUACGAUGUGAACAAACUAAAUUCAUAGACAGUUCUGUCAGUAGUUGCUGCAGAUCAUCUUGGUUCGUAGGGGUAUAUCCAAACCUGAAUACCGUAUUCCAGAAGAAAAGAAGAAAUUAGUGGGGAAAGUGAGCAUUGAACAGAAAAUAAAUAUGUGCACAUUAAAUCACACAUUUGUCUGCAACCACCCCACCGUCAUUACAACUGCGUGUAUAAAUGCAGAUCAUUUUGUUGGUUGAACGGAUACAGAUAGUGUGGUCUCUGCACACCCAUAGUGUUUAGGAAUAUUUUAAUUAGCUAUGAUUUUCAAGUUUAAGGUGACCCAGUUAGAGGAAAAAUGUUUGGUGUGGCUAUAGGGAGUCUUGUAGAGGGCCGAACAGAACCUGAUUAGAUUAGAUCAUGUGACCUUACAGCUCACAGUUGGUCUCAAACUUUAGUCUGUUCUUAACACAGACAUGAAUGCAGUGUCUAUAGAGUGGGAGAGAUGUCCUCAUGUAAAAGGUACACAUAUUAAAAAUGAAAAACAUGUUUUAGUGUUAAACUUGAGUUGACAAUAACUUGUCAAGGCGAUGAUUUUUUUAAAAAUGGUGUUAUAAUUUAGUUUAUUUUACUUUUUAUUUAUUGAUUAAUUUUUAUUACAUUUGUCCUUUGAGUAUAGUAACUACACAUCAGUGGAUUGGGUAAGUUUUGUUAAUAGCUUGCUCGUGACCUAGAUUACUCAGCUAAAUGCAAACUAAAAAGCUGUACCUGUUUUAACGUACUAUGUAUCAUUUUCACUUGUAUCAGAAGGCAGACAGUGGAAGUCUGCCAUUUCCCUGAUUGUAGCUAGAUAACAUCUGAGCUCAGUGCACCAGCUUGUUUCUUGUGGCUUCCUUUUCAUGCCAAUUUACAGACACACAUGGCAAGGAACAUAAAAGUCUUAUUCACUCUUACAAGGCACCUUUUCUCGUUUUUGUCACACACACACACACACAUGACAGCGCUGCCUGCACUGAAAACUCUCUGAGUGGUGUAAGUAAAUGUCGGAUAGGCUUGUUGGUAGAGUAGUAAAGGAUGUUUCCUGUUUCCUGUUUAUUCCCAGUGCAGCAAUCACAGGCCCUGCGGUUUCCUCUUCUCUGCAUGAGUCAUGUUUUGGGCCCUUUUAUCAGCCUCUCAGUGCAUCUGGACUUCAGCCAGAGUGUUCCUAAGGUGAUGUGGGGGUUCAUUUUCAUGGUGCUCAUGACACAAAGGGGGAAGGUUCCCAUGUCAAUCAGCUUACAUCCCAGUUUUCAAGGCGGUUAUGUGGGAGUGAUGUCAUCUUUAACUGUAUCUUUGCAUUGUGAAAUGAGGCAAGUACUGUUGGUGCAAGACAUGGUACAACUGAGCUUUUUUUGUUGAGUUUUUUUUUUUUUUUUAAUGUUUCUGGACCCAGUGUACAUCAGCAGCAGAAGGACAGCUUGUCCUACCUCCGCAAUAAUGUGGCUCAUGGAAUGAUUAAGCUAAAUAAGUAAGGAACCUCAGUCCUCAGGUAGUCCCCCUUUCUCUAUCAUAUUUAUAACUGUAAAUAAGAAUCGGACAUUGUACAGAUGGAUGUAAAUAAGAGGAUGGUAUUGUACAGGUUGAGCACAGUGAAUCCAGACAUCAAGCCCUGGUACGUUUCCAGGACACUCAAAAUUUGGGGUGGGGGGCAGAGAGAUAAAAGAAUGGAGAGGCAUGGGGACAAGCUGUCAAGCUCUUAUCUGUGGCCUGAUCUGUUCUCUUUACCCACCCACCACCAUGAAAUAACAUAACAGAGACUUUACCAAAACCCUUCCUGUUGUUCUCAGUGAAUGACGAGAUGUAUAUAUUAUGAGUGAAUGAUAUAGCAUAUACUGUAUUUAAUAAAAAAAAUUGUGUUUUA